AUGCCCGUUUACUGCGCUGGAUUCGAGGACCCUGCAGGCGGUCUGGCCAGGCCUUGCAUCUUCGCUCACGAUGGCAAUGGCGGCCGAGCACGGCCCACUGGAAAGCGCUGCAUGUUGUGCUGCUUAGAAAAGCUGCAGCAGGCGCUCUCUUCCCGCGUAGCCAAAGGAAACUUGCAUAGGCUCCUUAAGCACUGGCGCCGAAUAGGGUCGCCGACAUACGAAGCUGCCUUUGGACUGGGUUCUCUCUGUGCGCUAUCUACCAACGAGCAUUGUCUUCUUCGUGCAAGGGCCGGAGAAGGAUGCGACUUCGAUUUGCAGACCAGUUGGCUACACAAGAAGAAGCAGCGUUUGGAACAUUUCGUGAUGGGCCGCCCGAUCCCUGCUGCUAGCCCGGACAUCAGCCAAGGCAGUCAGAAGUAUUUGAAAGCAAAAGCCAAGUGGCACAAGGGGAAUCGCGAUUUCCGUCUGCAUUGGAGAUAUCGGCAGUAUCGUGUAAAGGAGCCUUUUGCAAACAUCAAGACGAGGUGCAAGCGCCGAACAUAUUGGCGUGGCAGAAACGCCAUUGUGAGGGGCAUGCGCCGUGCAUGGUGGAGAGCUCGGCGUAUCUUGAAAACGAAGUAUUUGGCAGCGAUGGCGGCAGGACCACCUUACAAUAGGUCUGGCUUGAAGUGGGCUGUGGAAGAAGGCUUACUGGAGACCGGCAUUCAAGUACCUCUCGCAGAUGGGGCGGUGCAACUGUGCCAACCGAGAUGGAGCUUUCUCACUCCUGCCGGAGAUGUUCUGUACUUCGAAAGCUUGGACGACCGCAAAAGUUCGAAGACGAAGCGGCUUCAAAGCGCCAAGGUUUCCAUCAACAACGCUUUCGGAAGACCAGAAUAUGCCAUUGACCGAGAAGAGUAUGUCCAUGACUGGAGCUCUCACAUGAUUCGCAACGGCGUGAUAUUCUCGCCGCCCUAUGUCGACAGCAUGUUGGAAAGGCUCGGCUUCAAGCUGCAACUCUUGCGCGAGUACAGUGCGUGGCCAGCAGGAGCCAGCGGCCUGCUACAAAUCCGCAGCACCACAGGGAGUGCCGCUGCAGGCUAUUGGGCCGCUCUGAUACCAAUUGAAGGCAGAGUGUACUUGCUAGAUGCUUUCCAAAGGGGGCCUGCCUUGAUAGAGAACAUGCAACAUGCUGUGCAAGUUUACACAACCUACGCGAUGGUCCCUUUCUAA